GGAGAAAAGAAGAAAUCCAAGUCUAAGCAAUCCGAAUGCUGUGGCUACCCCCUCAGUAUUUUCUUCAUUGUGGUGAAUGAAUUUUGCGAAAGAUUCUCCUACUAUGGCAUGCGAGCGGUGCUGGUACUGUACUUCACCUACUUCCUGCGCUGGGAUGAGGAUCUGGCCACCUCCAUCUACCACACCUUUGUGGCGCUGUGCUACCUGACGCCGAUCAUCGGUGCUAUCAUUGCUGACUCGUGGCUGGGCAAAUUCAAGACCAUCGUUUAUCUAUCCAUCGUCUAUACCAUCGGGCAGGGCAUCAUGGCUGUGAGCGCUAUCCACGACAUGACGGACUCCAAUAGAGACGGGACGCCGGAUUCUUUAAACGUCCACGUUGCCUUGUCUAUGAUCGGACUCUUCCUCAUCGCCGUGGGAACGGGAGGCAUCAAGCCCUGCGUAGCAGCUUUUGGCGGUGACCAGUUUCAGGACCACCAGGAGAAACAAAGAAGCACCUUCUUCUCUAUUUUCUACCUGUCAAUCAAUGCUGGGAGUCUGUUGUCUACAAUCAUCACCCCAGUUCUCAGAGCUCAGCAGUGUGGUAUCCACACUCAGCAACAGUGUUACCCACUGGCCUUUGGCGUCCCUGCAGCUCUCAUGGCCGUCGCCUUGGUCGUGUUCAUCGCCGGUAGCGGCAUGUACACAAAAACCGACCCCAAAGGCAACAUCAUGAUGGAGGUCUGCAGAUGCAUUGGGUUUGCCCUAAAGAACCGUUUCAGACACCGCAGUAAGCAGUAUCCCAAGAGAGCACACUGGAUGGACUGGGCCGAGGAAAAAUAUGAUAAACUCCUGAUUGCUCAAGUGAAGAUGGUUCUGAAGGUUCUGUUCCUCUACAUCCCUCUGCCCAUGUUCUGGGCUCUGUUCGACCAGCAGGGUUCCAGAUGGACACUUCAAGCUACCACUAUGAAUGGCAACUUUGGAGUUCUUACAGUGCAACCAGAUCAGAUGCAGACCGUGAAUCCCAUCCUCAUUCUGGUGCUGGUGCCGAUUAUGGACAGUCUGGUGUAUCCGCUCAUCAAAAAGUGUGGGCUCAACUUCUCGCCUUUGAAGAGAAUGACUGUGGGUAUGCUGUUGGCUGCAUUGGCCUUUGUCGCUGCUGCACUGGUGCAGGUCGAAAUCGAUAAAACCCUGCCCAAGUUCCCAUCAGCCAGUCAGAGCCAAGUGAAGUUCUUGAACUUGAGAAACAGCCAGUUGGAUCUGACAGUGGACGGCACCGGUUAUCAGAUCCCAGCUUUUCAAGACAGGAUUAACGAUAAGGGCAACGCCACGCUUUUCUCGUCUGUUUUACCCGAGCAGGCUUCACCGGAGUACGUGACGUUCGAUAAGACGACGAUCUCGAUCGUACAGGGAGCACAGACCACCAAUGUUCCUCUGAACAAGGGCAUCCGACAAACCGUUAUAUUCUCAGGCGGAGCCCACGCUGUUUAUGAUUCCUCCCCUCCUCUGUAGGUUACAGAUAUAACAGCCAAGCCGGAGCAAGGCAAAAAUGCAAUCAGAUUCGUGAAUGGUUUUGGCUCUCCGCUGAAUGUGAGCCACAGUGCUGAUGGUUUGGGCGUCAUCGCAACCAAUGGAGUCUCGAACUACACGGAGGUUCCAAAGGGCAAAGUCACAUUCCUGAUAAACGACUUGGGAGCUCGGCAGUGCGACUACACCAUGGAGUUGGGCUUUGGGAGCUCCUUCACUGUUAUUAUCCCCAGCACCUUGGGCUUCGCACAGAGUUGUGAACACAUCACCCCAUCAGAGGACAUUAAGCCCAACACCAUGCACAUGGCCUGGCAGAUCCCCCAAUACUUCCUCAUGACGUCUGGAGAGGUCGUUUUCUCUGUCACUGGGCUGGAGUUCUCUUACUCACAGGCUCCUAGCAACAUGAAGUCAGUGCUCCAGGCCGGUUGGCUGCUCACGGUUGCCGUGGGCAACAUUAUUGUGCUGAUUGUUGCAGAGGCAGGCCAACUUCCUGAACAGUGGGCUGAGUAUGCUCUCUUUGCUGGUCUCCUGGUUGCUGUGUGCAUCAUUUUCGCAAUCAUGGCUUAUUUCUACACUUACGUGGACCCAUCUGAAAUCGAAGCCCAGUUUGGAGAGAUGACGCCCAGCGAGAAGGACGAAAAGAAGAGGAAAGACUCGAAAGACUCGGACGACGUGAAGAUGAAGAGGAAAGAUUCCUCGUCCUCGGACAGCGACGAAGAGGAGAAGAGUGAUGUAAAACAGACCAAGAUCUAA